GUCCGCCACCGAAGAGGCAACACGGGCACGAACCCUUCACGUUUCCACAAUCCCGUCGCCGCACAGCCUCCUCCGACGCCGCCACGAGCCGUCGCGAGACGGCCGGAAUGGAAAAUCCCGGCGGGGCGAGGAAGAAGAAGAGGAGGAAGGGAAGCGGCGGCGAGGCGGCCGCCUCCUUCGACCGCGACGUCUUCCCCAUCCUCCUCGCGGCCGUCGCGCCAACCACCCGGCCGAACCAGCGCGCCUCCUCCUCCUCCGCCGCCGCCGCCGCCGCGCGCCUCCUGCGCCGCCUUCUCUCCCGCUCGCCGCCGGCGCCACCGCUCUCCCCUCUCCCGAGAUCCCUCGUCGCGCUUCUGCCGCUCCUCCUCACCUCCAGCUCGCAUUCUGUGGCCGCGCUGAGCUGCGAGGUGAUGGGCGCGGCGGCGCUGCAGUCCAUGGAGGCCGGCGAGACGCUGGUAUCCGACGGCGGGAUCGCCAGUGGCUUGGCGCGGGCGUUGGGGACUAGCAGCCAGCGUGUGUCCGAGGCUGCCUGCAAUGCUGUGAUGGAUCUCUCGGCGUCUCCGGUUGGCAGGGAACGUCUCUCGGGCUCCCCUGUUCUGCCCAGGCUAUUGUACCUAUUUUCUCAGGUGGAAUCUAUUUCUGCGGUUGUCGGUAGCAGGAGCACCGAGUGCCAAGCAAGGAUGUCAGAGCCAGAUAAAUGUUUGAACUUGAUCAUUGACACAGUGGUGCUCAUGGUGAACUCCUGUAAAGUCGACAAGUUGCACAAUCUGCAGCAAGAGCUAGUUAGAAAAGUUAUGCAUUUGUUGUAUGAAUUAUGGAGCCAAGUUAUACUCUUACGAUCAUCAGCUGACUGCAGCAACUGGAAGGAUCAACUCCAAAGCAGACCAGAUGAGAUAUCUGAAGCUAUUUUUAGGCUUUCGAUGGAUCUUUCUUAUCCAGCCCACCUGGAAUCUGAUGAGGUCAGAGAAAGCUUUUUUGGACAAACGGAAUCUGACUUCGAAAAGUUUGCCCUGAUGUACUGGGAAAACUCUCCUUAUUUAUACAGGAAGAAACAAAGUGAUCUGGAGGGGGAUGCCGUGUUCACUACAUUGCAUAAUGCUUUUGAUCUUAGAACACCUGAUUCCAUCAUUGAGUCACUCAUACAGGGGCUUGUUUCCUGCCCUGCUAUUGCUUCGGAUGAACUCAACAUAAAUUCAUUUCUCCAUGAGGCUCAUGAUUCCUUGGGUGCUCCUGUGAAGUAUAGGCAAGAUGUAAGAGUCGUGAGAACACGAGAUCAGUGCUCAACAGGAUCUUGGAUGGAGGAGCAUUUCUUCGAUGAUGGAAUGGUCUUCCCGGAUGCAACUGCAUUUGUUGAAAAAUGUAAGGGCGCAAUCAGGAAUGGUUUCUCAAUUGCCUUGCGUGGCAUGGAGUUCCGAUCCGAAAAGAUUGCUGCUAUAGCCUCUGCUCUAGCUGAUCUAUUUGGUCAGCCUUCUGUAGGGGCCAACAUAUACUUCUCACCCCCAAGAUCUCAAGGCCUGGCUCGGCAUUAUGACGACCACUGUGUGCUUGUUUGGCAACUACUUGGGUGCAAGAAGUGGAAGAUCUGGCCCAAUACAAAGUCAAUUUUGCCUAGACUAUAUGAACCCUUUCACUCUUUAGAUGGCUUGGUGGAUGAUAGUGGCGGAAGGGUGGAAGUUCUACAUGAAGGAGACAUAAUGUAUGUUCCUAGAGGCCAUGUGCAUGAGGCUCACACUGACGUAGACGAAGGUGAAUCUGAAGCCAAUGCAUCUGCCAAUUACUCGCUACAUUUGACCCUUGCCAUCGAGGUCGAGCCACCCUUUGAGUGGGAAGGAUUCAUACACAUUGCUCUUCACUGCUGGUUGGAGGAGCAGAAACUUGUGGGGAGCUCUGGAUCCGUCGAGUCCAGGAUGGAAGAACAAGCUCCAUUGUUUGCUCUCCUGCUGCAUGUGGCCAUCAGGCUGCUCUCGGAUGACGAUCCUACUCUCAGGAAGGCGUGCAUGGUGGCGGCAAAGUUCCCGUCAUCCAGUAACUCCCUUCCAAUGUCCCAUCUGAACUCUCUCAGAAGCAGCCAGAGAUCAACCUUCUCCGAGAUACUCGACAAGAUCGACAAAAGCUGCAGCUUCGAGGAUGCGCUGAGGUCGAUCGAGCUCGCGGUCAAGGCGAGGAACGAUGAGCCCUUCCAGUGGAUGUCCUGGCUCAGACAUCUCCCGCAGCAGCAGCACGGUCUCGGGAGGAUCGACUUCUGCGACGUCCUGGGACCCCUGGAAGAACUUGUCGACAUGUUCAGCUCCGACAGCGAGGGAGCCUCGGCUGAUUUCGCCGAGUUCAGGUCGAGGUUCUGUAGGCGCGCCGUGUACGACGGUGCUCGCAGGGAGUUCGAGUCGCUGCUCAGCAUGUACAGGACGGCUCGGUCGCGGUACGCCAAGGGCAUGCUGGCGCUGCACGGGAAGCAUGGAGGCUAGUCUAAUUUCCGGAUCAGUUCUUGUACACACCGCGGGCGGUGGCCUUGACGUUUUGCAGCAUCGGUCGUUUGUUUGUUCGGUCUUGCAACGAACCCGGUUCCACUUUUGACA